AAUCAAAGUACAAUAGUUGUUUUUUACACGUUUAAAAGGAUAAGAGGAAGGAUUACUACAAAUUAGCGCUAAUCUAUCCUUUUUUCUUUUCUCCCUCAGAGAACGAACAAACAAACAAACAAACAAACAAACAAACAAAACACACCACAAACUGGAAUAUGCUGAAAAGCGUGUUAUUGAUGGUGUUGUUCUAUCCACUAGUGUUAAUAAAUUUACUGGUUGGCCCAUUGUGGAUGGCUGAAUACGGGCAGGCAAAGCGUCAGGCAAGAGAGAUUGCGAUGAACGUAAGUAAGGAAGCGGAGGUUGUAGAUGAAAAUGGAAUGUGAGUGUUUUGUUAUUUGAAUAGAAUGAGCAAAUUUUUCAGGCGAAAUUUCAUGAAUUUUUUUAUAGGAACCUGUUCAAACUAUGUUCAGUAUGGCUUGUCGUAAUGGUAUUUAGUAAUUUUGUUCUUCUCAUAUCGGGAAUUCUUGUGUUGAAGCAACUUUUAAAUGUUGAAAGAUAUAGUACAAUAACAAAAUAUUGUAUAUAUCUGUGCCUUUCACUCCAACUAUUAUCAUUGAUAAUAGCCAGUAUAUAUGUUGAUAGAACAAAUCGCUUGACUGAAUUUCUGCCUCACCUCCAUAUCCUAAAAUAUGUGACGUUUUAUCCGGCAAUCGCUGCUUUUCAGCUAAUUGUCCUAUUUAUUUAUUAUUGUAAAGUUUCUAGAGUUUGUCAAGAAUUACGCCAAAGAAAUUCGCCAAACGCUGAUAUUUUAGUUAUCUCAAUUAGAUCAAAUCCUCAUCAUUCAGGCAACGAAAGGUAAACAAAAACAAACAAACAAACAAACAAACAAACACGUAUACUCUUUUCUUUCUUUCUCUUGUUGUUUUCUUUUUUAAUUAAUUUGUCUUCUUCUUCUUCUUCUCUCUUCGCCGCCAAUCAUCAAUCUUAACAAAAUACUCGUAUUACUUUUGGCCGGGCAGAACUAUCGAAAGAUUAUCGGAACAGUACGAAAUGCAAGACAGGGACGAGGGAUACGCUGCAGGACGUAGUUCAAUGCACCCAAUAAUACCAGCACCACGAUACGAAGACUGCAUUCGGAUGACAAACGUUAGAGGUGAAGAAUCUCCGCCGCCUCCUUAUCAAUCUAUUAUGCAAGGUGCACAAACAACUGUUUAAUUGAAACUCUUUCAGCGCUGUUGAACUGACAAACAUUUCUUGUUUUAUCGUUGAUUAUCUUCUUUAAGUGAAUGUUGACUGGAGAAAAAGUCUAUGUUUUUGCUGCUACUCUUUUCUCAGUGUAAGACUUUUAAUUAUUUUCAUUCAAUUCUUAUCAUUCCCGCUCAAUAAAUUCAACAAAUGCGCGCUUCCUGUUUAUUGUUGUGCUUUGAAGAGACGCCAACUGGUGAUGAUAUAGGGUUAGAUCGUUCUCUUCUUCCUAUCACAUAGGAAAGUUUCAAGAUAGUUUUGUUCAGGAAACGAGAAUUCUCUUCAAGGAGAAUUCAGAAUUCCCAAUUCAGGAUCAUGGCUUUUAAUAAUAGAAUUAUCUAAUAUAAUUUCAUUUGUUUCUAGGCCUUCUAAAUUACGAGUAAACUAUCUCUAUUCUCUAUGUUUCCAUUCAAUUCAGACUCUCUCUCUCUCUCUCUCUCUCUCUCUGAGCGAUACUAAGCAAACAUUAAUAGUUUUCUCUGUUGGCGUCGAGGUACUUUCCCGAAUCUAACGAGAACCGACUGUGGUGGCCUUUUUCUGAUUUUAUCCCAAGCCUAACUGGUGUGGAAAAGUUAGAAACGUAAACAUUGGACAAAAAUUUUCGUCAUAUUAUCAAAUAGAAUUCCAAAAUUUUGGACACUGUCCCUUCCGCGGGACAACGAUAAGAUAGUAUCAAGUACAUUUACUGGUUGAGAUAUUUGAAUGUUGGUAUUGUUGUCAAUUGUUUGAAAUGACUGUAAGUUCUUUAAAGCUGUUGGCAUUGAAUUGUGUAGGAGAAAGUCUACAUUUGUUGAAUGGGUUACGUGAAAAGAAUUCCUUAUAUAUACCAAGUUAUCUUGCAUCUGAAAUAUUUCAAUUUGCGAUAAAUGGGCAAAAACCAUUCGUCGAGAAACAGUUGGUUUUCUUUGAAAAUGUUUGUUUUUUUCAAUUGGACCACAUUUCUUUGAAAAAACGUAAAUUCAAUGGAAUUGAGGACUUCCGUUUUCUAAAUAACUGUUCAAUUGAGAGUUUGUCAUUAAUUAACUUUCAUUCAAUGUUCAAUCUACCGAUACCUUUAUCAAUAAAAAGUUUGAAAUUUGAACGCUGCCUAUUUGGAAAGGAGGAAUGUAAGCGAUUAGGUACGUUGUUAUCCAACUGCCAUUCCAUACAGUCGUUCGCUAUGACAAGCAAUGACAAUAUGGAUUAUAGUUUUCAAUACAUUUGCAAUGGAUUAAAGUCGUCCGCUAAUUCCCUGUUGGAAAUCAACUUUUCCAACUGUUGUUUAACGCGUCAACACGGCUAUUUCUUGGGAAAUUUAUUCAAAGUUUGCACCAAGUUGAGAGCGGUUAACAUCAGAGCGAAUAGAGAGUUGAGAGAUGGAUUUGCAGAAAUAUUCAACGGUUUAAGGCAGUCGUCCGAAUCGUUAAGGACACUUGACUUUUCAUUUUGCAACCUAGUCGAAGAACAGUGCUCGUCGUUCGGCGAUUUUUUAAGGAAGUGCGACAGCUUAACCGAAAUUAAUCUUUUCGGCAACAUCAAUCUCGGUAGGGGGUUUCGGAUGAUUUGCAAUGGAUUACAAUCGUCGUCUAGUCGUACACUAUCCGCCAUUAACUGUGACCAAUGUCUCCAUACCGAAUUGCAGUGUUCGUGGCUUUGUGAUUUGUUGGCGGAAUGCCAUUCAUUGCAGGAUUGCAAGUUUAAUAAUAAUGAAAUGUCACCGUACAUGAUUGGGCAAGUGCUGAGUCGUUUGACUGCCUUUGGCAAUUCCUUGUUGAAGAUCGACCUCAGUUCGAUGAAUCUGUGGGAAAAUGAAAGUUGCUUGGCGUUGGGGAACUUUUUUGAGCAGUGCACUGCCUUACGUUCUGUGGAUUUGUCUAGUAAUGGAGAAUGGGGAAAGUCGUUCCGAAAGAUAUGCGAAGGAUUAAAGUCGUCCGCUCAUUGUCUUCAACGGAUCAACUUGUCUAAUUGCGAUUUUUCCGAACAGCAAUGCAUUUGGCUAGGAGAGUUUCUAAACGAAUGCUCUUCGCUGGAAGACUUUUUUAUGGCGGAGAAUAGGAACUGCGGAGAAGGAAUUAGGAAUAUAAGUCAGGGCCUAAGAUCGUCGGCGCAUCGCCUGUUGACUGUCGAUUUUUCGGAUUGUAGCUUAAGUGCAGAACAAUGCGUUUGGUUGAGUGAACUCUUGAAGCGAUGCGACUCGCUACAAACCGUCUUUCUAGAUAGGAAUCCAGUCUGGAAAUUGGGAUUCGAGAAGAUAUGUUUUGGUUUGAAAUCUUCGUGUCGUUCUCUGUUGAACAUUUCGUUGUAUAAAUGCGAAUUGAGCAGAGACCAAAGUGUUUGGUUAGGCAAUCUGUUGGUGGAAUGUAUAAUGUUGCAACGGAUACACCUAAGCUCUAACGAACAGUUUGAUAUGGGAUUCCAGAGAAUAUGUAUGGGAUUGAUAUCGUCGGCUCAUUCUCUUACAAGUGUUGAUUUUGAAGGUUGCAAUUUGAGCGGGGAGCAGAGCUGUUGGUUGGGCAAUUUCCUAUUCGAGUGUAAUUCAUUAAGCGAAAUUAACUUGAGCGAAAACGAUAAUCUCGGCAAAGGAUUUGAGAUGAUAUGCAACGGAUUGAAAAAUUCUCGUUAUUCUCUCUCAAUUGUUAGUUUAAAGGGUUGUCGGCUUAGCGGAGAAAAAGACUAUUGGUUGGGUAAUCUCUUUAACGAAUGCCAGUCGUUGCAACGAGUCAAUUUAAGUAUGAACGGUAAUUUUGGCGAAGGAUUUAGGUUAGUGUGCCAAGGCCUCAGACGUUCGUGUUUGUCACUUUCGACUAUUUCUUUUGAGGGAUGCGGACUAACGAUUGAAAAUUUGAGACAUUUGAGCGACUUAUUGGCAGCUUGCACCUGUUUAGAACAAGUUAAUUUGAUUGGCGUGAAUAUUAAUUUAGAAUUAGAAGCGAUAUUAAAUGGAUUGAUGAGUUCGUCGAAAUGCUUGAAAAUGUUGAAAUAUACAAGGUGUUCAUUGAGUGAAAAUCAACGGCUAGAGAUGUUUAACCAUUUGAAAAAUAUGGAAAAGAUACAUGCAAGUUGUUUGUAUUAUUGAUUGAUAAAAUAUUUUUGAACACAAUACAAACAAACAAACAUGAUUGAAUAUUGAAAAGUGGCAAUGUUUUUUCAUCAUUUAGAUGGGGGAACAAUGAGUUGAGAAAUCUAUUUCGUACGUGUACAAUAUAUAGAAAAUAUCGUUCAUUGUAUUUUCAGUUAAUUGAGAUGAUACAUUGUGCAACAUUCGAAAACGGGAAAAAUGACAUCUUUCUUCUGUAGUUGAAUACAUCAUACUUUCACAUUCGUUGUCUUCUAUACAAGAAUAAUAGCAUUCCAAAAAGCCUACGUUGUUUAUGGCGAAAUAUAGUAGAUUGGUCUUUAUCCGCCUAUUCAUUUUCUCCAUCCGAUUGAAUGCUAUUCAAUACAAAGAGUAGAUAUUAUACAAUUCAUAGUUAUACAUAUUUAGUAUACUGUAU